AUGCCGGAACUUAAGCACUUUUCCACGCUUCCAGAGAGAGCAUAUGAUUAUCUGUAUGACCCAUUAUAUUUGCUUUCAAGUGCUAAGGAUCACCAGCGUGCUGGCCUAAAAGCACAGAACCUACAUGGCAGAUUGGAAAAGUUAUAUUCUUUUCAAAAUCUGUUCAGUGAAAGCUCCGCUCACCAGCAGUACGAAUGGAGAUUAAAUGCUACCGAUCCGGUGCCACCGUCCGUGCCACGUGAUUUUCGCCCAGUCGACGUUUGCAAGGAACUGCUGCAAAUACAGUUAAAAGAUGCUGGUGGAUACAAUUUUGAUGAAGAUGUUGUCGGCAGACACAGAGCGAAGUAUUUCACGCACCACGCUUUCUUGGCCAAAACAUUCAUCCAUGGUACCUCGAAAGCCGUCGACAUGGCCAUCAAUGAGAUGACCGCGGGACAUGAAAUACUGGUUGACAAUCUCCUAUCACCGUCGGUCAAACAGCUUGCCAACAAAGCAGUCCAAACUCGCUAUCGCGAAUCGGAAGCGCAGACAGAGCCUUACUCACCACCGUAUGUAGUUAAUGUGGGCGAAACACCCGAAGUGCUGACAUUGGCUACUUUGGGACUGGGAAAAGGUCUCCCAGCUGGUUUGCAUGAUGUGGAAAUGAUCGAACGAGCCAGAGAAAGACGUCUUAUCGAAAUCAAACUGGAACCCUUCAGCGAGAUUGCUGGUGAUCCGAAGCGAGUGGCUAAAAGGCGAAAACUAUUACAGGAUAUGGAACUUCGAGAAUGGCACUAUCGGGAGCGCGAAGUGGAAGCUCUGCAAGAAGUCCGCAUGAAGGUGCUUGUGCGGCUGCUUCGAAAGCGAGAGGAAUAUCAACAGGAAAUAGACGCGCGCAGGUUAGAUCGGCUUUGGGAAGAGCGGUACGUGCAUAAGGAGAAUCGGUGCAAAUCAAUCCAACACCGCUAUCUCACAGCACUGCGUAAGUUGGUUCGUCGUCGAUUGGCAGAAAGGGAAGUGUCUCGAAAACGAGAUGUAAUCAAAGAAUAUGCCACACCGUCGUCACAACCUUUCGCCCCUUUGACGCGGCUUGGGGUAUUUCCGGACAGGGGAUCUGAGAAGUUUGUAGUGAAGAAUCGGUACCUAACUACGUAUGAAGGCCUUUUGGAAUUGGAAUCCAGUCUCACCCCGCAUGUCUUGCAACCCAAGUUGCAAAUCAAACCUGUUCAAAUGCACACCAUCGACGGAUUUCUCAAACGGGAAUACCGACAUCUAAAUGAGCUGGCACAACUGCAAGAGUAUCUAGAAGGGGCAUUCACCACAGAUUCUGGGCAGGCAAGGAAACCGAGAUACUUGGAGAAAAUCGAAAGACCUGCAGCUCGACCGCUUACACCAAGCAUUGCUGCACCCACUGGGGAUUACACCUUAGAGAACGAAGUGGCCGCCGUCAUGCUUCAGCGGUUGAUUCGUGGACGUGCCAUACAAACACAGAUGUACGAAGGCAAGGAGAAGCGUCGCGAACUGAUCGCGGAGUUGCGUUCCACACAUGCUUUGUUGGAAGACGAGCAGGCAGACAAACUGCGAGAAAAGCUCUCUAUUUUGGACACCCAAAACCGCUACUCAGAGUUGGUUCACAAAGAUAACCAAGUGGAUGAUGUGCUCAGUCGUCUUGCAUGUGGAACUUUGGCCGAGAUGCUCGAUUUCCUCAGCAAAGAACUCGAUAGAUUGAUCGAGGAACGUCGUUUGCACGCACUUAUUCUCCUUGCCGAACGACAUCGAAGGAUGAGAGAAGCGGAGGAAAGUGGCAAACGGCAGCGAGAAGAAAGGCGCCGUCGUGAACACGAUGAAAUAUUUAAACAGCUGAUGAAAGUACAUCAAGAAACCGUCGACGGAUACCUGGCAUCCGUAGCAGGAAUAGUUUUGGAGACAACUGCUGGUGCCACAGCCCACGCAGAAAUAGAUGAGGUUGCACGACAGCUAGACGCAGAUGCUCAAAGCUCGAUCGAAACGAUGGAUCAAAGACGAGCGGACGUAAUCGCUGCCAAUAUGGUGCACAAUUUCCUGAUUCCUGAGGUGAACAAGCGAGCCCAUCGAGCCUUGUUGGCUGCAAGAGAACGCAAAUUUCUGGAAGCUGCACACCGAGAAAUCUGGACACCUGUGCACGACGCCGCUGAUGAAAGGCCUCGCGCUAUGGAUAAAAUACCUCAGGGUCAGGACGAACCGGAUUCAAGCCAGAACUCUAAUGUGGAUCAGAAUGAAUAAGAUGGCAACAACUGCACUCCUUUCUUCUGUUUAUCUGUUACUUUGGAUUGCUGGGAUAGAGAUGCAUCUUAUGUAAUCCAGUUUCUUGCUCCUCUAGUCUUUCUUGAGGUUAUGAUAUAGUCUCGCUAAACGAAUAAAAGUACGUCAUAUAACUG